AUGAAGAACUUUGCGCUUAUCUUUGCUUUCGCCGCUUCAGUGGUCCCAGCCUUGGCACUUCCAACAGUAGACGAUUUGGACAUCAAACCACCCUACCCUAUGGGUCAAGUAGGGUGGGUUGGACGGCUUUCCAAGGAUGGGCCUACAGAGACCAUCUGGGCUGAUAGUCUAGAGGAUGUUGACGCUAUUGUUAAAACCAAGAAGCCUGGAUUGUCCAUCUUUGAUGGUUCUAUGGAUGCAUUCAAUAAUGCAAUAGUGUCCGAACGGAGUGUGACAGAGGGACACUCUCGAGGCCUUGAAAAGCGAGAGAGGUAUUGCAACAAUUUCGGCCAAGUUGAUGCCAUGUCUGUUAACGAUGGCAUUUCGCAUCUUCGUGGUGUCAAUGCAGGGUGCUCUGUGGCGGCCCGUCAAUGCAUCCGUACUACGUGCAAUAACGGAGCUGCUAUAGUACUCUGUAACGACAACUACAACGCCAUAACAGUUCCGUGUGGAGACAUUGCAAAUAUGGCUCAGGAUAUCAACCGGAACUGCUUGUGGGCUCCUAGUGAAUCUUGCUCUCUGUUUGGAUGCAACCCUCCAAUUUAUGAGGUCUCUGGUCAGGAGUUUGCUGAUGGAGGUUAUAAUGUCAUUGUUGGUAAUUGCUACUCAUUUAGUGCAGGAGGUCAGCCUGUCUAA